UGGUGCAAGUCAAAUGACUCUUGGGAAGAAGAGAGGAUACUUCUUAUUCAGAAUUUCAAAGAUGAAUAGGAAUUUGGCAGAGCUUGGUGUCAGAAUGGGCUCCCUCAGCACAGCAAACGUUGAAUUUUGUCUUGAUGUGUUCAAGGAGCUGAGCAGUAACAACGUAGGAGACAAUGUCUUCUUUUCUCCACUGAGUCUGCUCUCUGCGCUAAGCAUGCUCCUCCUUGGUGCCAGAGGGAACAGCGCAGACCAAAUAGAAAAGGUGCUUCACUACAAUCAUAUUGCAGAAUUCUUGAAAUCAGAGUUCAGGGACUCAGCUGAGUGCAGUCAAGCGGGAAGGCCGCAUUCCGAGUUUGGACUCCUCCUCUCUCAAAUCAACCAGUCGGGCACUAACUACACCCUCAGCAUUGCCAACCRACUCUAUGGGACAAAGGCAAUGGAAUUCCAUCAGCAAUAUUUAAGCUGUUCUGAGAAGCUGUACCAAGCCGGCCUACAGACUGUUGAUUUUGAACAGUCCACAGAAGAAGCGAGAAACACCAUUAAUGCUUGGGUUGAAAAUAAAACUAAUGGAAAAAUUAAAAACCUCUUUGGAAAGGGCUCAAUUGACCCUUCCUCUGUAAUGGUCCUGGUGAGCGCCAUAUAUUUCAAAGGACAAUGGCAAAAUAAAUUUCAGGAAAGAGAGACUGUUAAAACCCCCUUUCAGCUAAGUGAGGAUAAAAGUGUCAUUGUGGAAAUGAUGUAUCAAACUGGAACAUUUAAGUUGGCCUCCAUCAAGAAGCCACAGAUGCAGGUCCUUGAGCUGCCCUAUGCCGGCAACAAACUGAGCAUGAUCAUCCUGCUUCCAGUGGGUACAGCUAACCUAGAACAGAUAGAAAAGGAGCUGAAUGGCAGGAUGUUCCAGGAGUGGACCAGCUCUGCUAACAUGAUGGAAAGAGACGUGGAAGUUCACAUCCCCCGAUUCAAGCUCGAAAUCAAGUAUGAGCUGAACUCCCUGCUCAAAUCCCUAGGGAUGACCAACAUCUUCAACCAGGCCAAAGCUGAUCUCUCUGGGAUGUCACCAGACAGACGCCUCUACUUAUCCAAAGUCAUCCACAAGUCCUACGUGGAUGUCAACGAAGAGGGCACGGAGGCAGCGGCAGCCUCUGGGGAAAGCAUUGCUGUGAAAAGACUCCCCAUCCGAGAUCAGUUUGUGGCAAAUCGUCCCUUCCUGUUCUUCAUAAAGGAAAUUUGUACCAAUAUGAUUCUCUUCGGGGGCAAGCUUGCCUCUCCAUAAAUAGAGGGGCUGGAUGAGGCUCAGGGACACAGAGGAGGUGUCGGGGCAAACAGGUGACUGCAUCUGCACCUCACAUUCCUCUGUGCCUCAGUUUGCUGUUCUGUAAAAUAGGUCUAGGAUCUUUUCUAGCUCAUUCCUGAGUUGGCGAAACUAAGGCUGUGGUCACCAUGGAAGAAAAAACGUUUACACAAAAGUUUUCUGGCUUUUGUUGUUGUUGUUGUUGUUUUUUGAAUCUUUGGAGCCUUGUGUGAGUACUACCCAGGUGAUAUGAUCAGUCAAUGAGAAAACAGUUAAAAGCUUAGAUUCUCUUGACUUGUUUAUACUGGUAAGAUUGUGAAUAAGUGACUGCUUUGCCUUUAGAAAAAUAGUUUAAGGGCUUCUACUUUGGAUGGAUUUUUAAAUGUUAUAAUUUUCCUUGCUGUUUAAAGAUAACAUUGUAAGUUUCAGUUCAGAAUUCUGUAUUGACCAUAAUAAAUGCAUGAAAUGCCUUAA